AUGGCAACAACAAAAGGCCCCAAGCUACCGCACGAGCGGCGCAAGGGGGAAGCUGGGCAUUCGGGAAAGGCACUUAGCGAUUUUGCCGACUACGUGGAGAAACAGCAGGCGCUGCGCUAUCCGGCCGCAAAACCCGAGGCCGAUGCUGCUAGCGGCGCGCCCGCCGCGAUAGAUCAACACUCGGAGCUCGACGACAUACUUGACUCGCUCGAUCUCGACGACUCGGCUCCGAGGAUACCCUUACGCGAGCUGCUUCUGAGCGGCACGGCUGAUGAAGCCGACGACGCCUCAUUACACAACCUCGCUGAUGUAUUAGGGGAGCGUAUACGAGAUGGACACGGCGAGACCGUCUUCGACCUUGGAUUCGAGCACAAUGGCGAGUCAUUAGGCUUGACGCGGGAGCAGUGGGAUGUGGCUUAUGAUAGGCUGGUCAAGGCGGCGAAAACGGUCCGAGCCGACUGUCAGCUGCUCCUUACUAGGAAUGUGGGCGGUGAGGUCGACGUCGCAACCAACGGCAAGAGCAAGGAGAAGGACUGUACCGGCAAAGUCAUGAUACGGCAGGUUCCCGAGUCCGUGGAGAGCGUCAUUGAGACAAGGAUAGCGGUCGUUGGAAACGUCGAUGCUGGAAAGAGUUCUAUGCUGGGUGUUCUGGUCAAGGGCGAUCUGGACGAUGGUCGAGGCAAGGCCCGAGUGAACCUGUUCCGGCACAAGCACGAGAUAGAGACCGGCCGCACUAGUUCUGUCGGAAUGGAGAUCAUGGGCUUCGACACCAAGGGCGAGGUAGUCAGCUCGGAAACUCCUGGCAGAAAACUGUCUUGGGAAGAGAUUGGAAAGCGCAGCGCCAAAGUCAUCACUUUCACUGAUCUGGCUGGCCACGAGCGUUACCUCCGCACCACGGUUUUCGGCCUGUUGUCCAGCAGCCCCAACUACUGCCUCCUCAUGGUUGCAGCCAACAAUGGCCUGGUCGGUAUGUCCAAGGAGCACUUGGGUAUUGCCCUGGCGCUCAACGUGCCCGUCAUGGUCGUCAUCACCAAGAUCGACAUCUGCCCGCCAAAUAUCUUGGAGCAGACCAUCACUCAGAUCACUCGGAUCCUGAAGAGCCCGGGAGCGAGGAAAAUCCCCAUCUUCAUCAAGAACAGAGACGAGUGCGUCAGCACAGCCACGCAGUUUGUCUCACAGAGGAUAUGUCCUAUCUUCCAGGUGUCCAACGUCACAGGCGAGAACCUCGAUCUAGUGAGGACCUUCUUGAACAUCCUCCCUCACCAUGGGCGCUACGACUCGGACGCUUCCUUUGAGUUCCACAUCAACGACACCUUCUCGGUACCGUUUGUAGGCACCGUAGUUAGCGGCAUUGUCAAGUCGGGCGUGAUCCACGCUGGCGACAGUGUCUGGGUCGGACCCGAUUCGAAUGGCAACUUUACAGCAACGAGCAUCAGGUCGAUCGAGCGGAAGAGGAUAGUUGUGCCUGCGGCGUCUGCAGGACAGUCUGCCUCCUUCGCCCUGAAGAAAAUGCGCCGGAAGGAUGUCCGCAAGGGCCAGGUCGUGCUGACCAAGACGGAAGAGCAGCCCAAGGUGUAUCGCGAUUUCAUCGCAGAAGUGCUCAUCUUGUCGCACGCGACGACCAUCAAGACCAAGUACCAAGCAAUGCUGCAUGUCGGCCCGGUGUCGCAGACCUGCGCCAUCAUUGACGUCGACCGUCCUUUUAUUCGAACGGGCGAUCGAGCCACUGUCGCGUUCCGGUUCGUGCAGCGGCCGGAGUAUCUCGCUCCUGGAGACCGGAUAUUGUUCCGCGAGGGACGCACCAAAGGCCUCGGUAUUGUCAAGUCUGUUGGCUAUGACCCCGAGAAGCCACUCAUGCAGCAGUCCGGGGACAAGGCGCUGUUGGAUGACGCCCAGAACGGGGCUGGGUUGAGCAAGGUCAUGAUCGCUUAA